AUGGCUAGGUACACACUUAUAGUAACAAUUGUAGAUAAGAUGAUGAAGACAAUCCCAAAUAGAGAACGUUUGAUAGUAGUAGUGGACGCUAGUAGGAGCAAGGUUAGUAUGGAGGCCCUGGACUGGGCUCUCAAAAACGUUGUUCGUCCAAGAGAUAACAUUCUUGUGUUGGCAGUUUUGUAUGAUAACUUCUCAUUUCCUAUUAAUAAGAAGACUCCUACCUCUGUAUGCUUUCCUUUCAAGUUUCUCAUGGGCAUCGGGGAAAGAUUAGAGUUUGGAGGGCAAGGGCAAGUGAAUCUCAGAGAGCUUGAAGAAGAAUUUGAAGAAAAAAGAGCACUUUACCAAAGUAACCUCCUACCAUUUUACAAGCAGUGCAAAAAACUUGAGGUAAAAUUGGAUGUUAAACUUGCUGCAGGAUUUUCUGCUGGGAAAUUAACAGUAGAAGAAGCACAGAACUCUAAUACCCGUUGGAUUGUUUUAGAUAGUCCCUUCAAGAAAGACAGAAUUUACAUCUAUGGACAUGUGAGCUGCAAUGUUGCAAUAUUCAAAGGAAAAGAUGUUGCAACCUUAAUGACAUCAAAAGAUUAUUCUAAGAGAAAUUGGGAAGCUUCAGAUAUCCACCAACAUCGGUGCACAACUGAAUAUCAAGAAAGGGAGUUAUCAUCUGCCCACCACCAGAUACCUUCUCAAAGUCCUUGUUGGUUUCCUUUGUCUUGGAGAAGUGAAUUCCCUCGAUGCUUUUCUCGCGAUGAAAUCGAAGUUAUGACAAAAGGAUUUUCUGUUGAAAAUGUUAUAAAAGAUGACGAUUGCAUGCAGGUUUUCCAAGGUUUGCUCCAAGAAAUACCUGUUUUAGUCAAGUGUUUCAAGGAAAGUAACAAAACAUUCUGGUCCACUCUCAAGAUCCUCAACACAAUACGCCACCGGAAUAUUGCAACGCUUGUAGGUUACUGCUGUUCUGAUGACUUGAAAAUCAUGAUUUUCGACUUUCCUUGCAAGGGCGAUGAUCUAGCACAUAAACUUGGAUGGAGAAGUAGAUGGUGUAUUGCUCAAGAAAUAGGUAGUAGCCUCCGUUAUCUUCAUGAAGAGUGCGUAGAAGGGCCAAUCGUUCACAACUCUGUGUGUUCCUCUCAUGUAGUCAUUUCACAUGGGUGCUCUGCAAUGCUUAGCCAUUUAACAACUGCGCAAUGGAUUAAGGAUGAAGAAACCUGUAAUGAAAACUUCCUAGCCGAAUGUUCAAAUCAAGGGGAAGACAAGAACUUUUGUAUUGAUAUUCAUGAUUAUGGGAUACUCCUUCUGGAGCUUAUUACUGGAAAGAAUGUCUGGCAAGGGGAGGGCAAUACCUUAAUAGACUGGGGAUUGCCACUUCUAGAGAAUGGCUUACUUUGCCAACUAAUGGAUUCUAGAUUGAAAGAAACUGAUGGUGCAUGGAUGGUUCAUCAUAUGGCUCAUGCUGCAUUACACUGCCUCAAACUUGAUUCAACUCACAACCUUUCUAUAAGUGAGGCCAUAGGCUUAGUUCGAGGUGAUACACGUGGAACAUGCAACCACUGGAAAUUUGAAAAACAUGCAGGAGACUGUUCUUGUCCCAAAAGUGAUUAA